UAAAUGUUUUGCUUUUUUGAACGCCCAAAUCCCAUUGUUGUUUAGAAUGGAAAUUUUGCAUAUUUUCUUUACUUAUAAAUGGAAUUUGUUUCUUCCUACAGUAUCUUAGACUAAAUUCUACAGAUAGGAUAAUAUUGCAAUCAUGGAGAACGCAAAUUUUAGUGAAAAAGUCGAAAAUUAUUUUUCGGAACUGGGUCGAUGGAAAGUAUGGCGCAGCAUCCUCCUGGGCCAAGUGUUGUCGCUCCUGCUCAGUGGUAAAUGUAUAUUAACCACACUGCUACAAAGUGCCACAUGGCAGUUCCCCACCACUGGGCAGCUUGUCAUUCCCUAUGUAGCUCUGUUCAUCUUAUUCACUCCUUCUUUGCUGUGUAGUGGAGUGAAAAAGUUAUCCAAAAAAUGGUGGUUAGUCCUUAUAGCAUGCAUUUUAGAUGUUGAAGCUAGUUGGCUGCUAGUAUUGUCGCAGCGCUUCACAUCCGUGCUGAGUUGACAGCUGCUCGCGUGCAGCGGCGUGGGCGCAGCGCUAGUGGGCGGCGCGUGGCGCGGACAGAGGUUGGGCGUGGCGCACGUGGCCGGGGCCACACUGGGGCUGAUGGCCGUAGUGUGCGUUGUGUGGGCAGAUGUAGAGGGCGCGCCCACUGACGGAAAAAACCAACUAGUGGGGGACAUGCUAUGUCUCGGAGGAUCACUACUUUAUGCUGUAGUCACAGUGCUCCAAGAAAUAAUGCUCAAGACACACUCGUGUGCCGAAUACCUUGCUCUACUGGGCUUUAUCGGCAGUAUCCUAUCAUGUACCCAGACAUUCUUUCUGGAAUUUGAAGAGCUUUUGACAUUUAACUGGUACGAGAUUGAUACAAUUGCCCAGUUGGGAAGCUACUGCGGGGUGCAGACGAUAUUCCAAAUACUGCAGAGUUUCAUGCUGAGAGAGGCGGGCUCUAUUAUACUGCAUCUGUCGUUUCUGUCGGCUGACUACUACACUUUGAUUGCUGGGAUGUACAUAUUUCAGUUUAAGUUCCACGCGCUGUAUUUCCUAUCAUAUCUCUUGGCCAUGGUGGGAGUGUUCCUGUUCAGCGCGCGCUCCACGGCGCCGCCCGCGCCGCCAGUGCUGCCACAACUCAUCAACGACUCCGUGCAGUCGCAGGACAACGUCUCCAUGGAAUAUACAGUACCGACAUUAGACUGCAUACCGCUCUCCGAAGGCCUUGAACCACCGAUGAGUAGAGACACCACAUUCACAUCAUUCCUCGGCGGACCACAGACGAAUAUGCCUAGCUUGCCGAAUGGUACAGUGUCAUUUGGCCACCCCAACAGUAUAACUAGUGAUAAUGAGAAAGACUCUGUACAAGACUAGCUUUAUUUUAAUUAAUACUAGCACUUUUAUAAGUUACGCUGAUAUACCUGCGCAGAGAUCUUAUUUUUGAAUGGCGCGAAAAGAUCUCGGCCAAUCGUAGCACGCGUUCUUCUGCUAUUGGUUGUUGCCUAUGCGCCAUGUUUUGUACGCGCGAAUUAUAAGCGAGAUACCACGAGUCUCUGGUGUUCUAUAUUUAAAACUUAACUUUGAGUAUGCACUUCUUACGCGCUUUUCCAUACAAAAGUAUUACGUCGAUUAGUCGUUGUUCUAGAUCUAAAACUAAGCCAGAUAUCGAUUUAUCUCUCUGUUAUAUAUUCCCUAGAACAAUAAAACUAAAAUAGAAUCUUUUAUUUUGGAAGUUAAGAUCUUUGAAACAUCUCUAUUUUAAGCCUUUUGAGACAACUUUAUGCAUAAAUAAACCAUGUAAGAAACU